AUGUCUUUACUUGUUGAACAUUCAUUGAGUCCAUCUAAGAUUCGAGGGCAAGGGUAUGAUGGGGCUAGUAACAUGAAGGGUGAGAAAAAUGGUCUCAAGACCUUAAUUAUGCAAGACACCCCAAGUGCCUACUAUGUUCAUUGUUUUGCUCAUCAACUUCAACUAACUCUUGUAGCCGCUGCUAAAAAGAACAAUGAUUGUGUUUGGCUCUUUGAUACGCUUGCAACGUUGUUGAAUGUGAUUGGAGUUUCUUGUAAAAGAAGAGAAAUGCUUCGAGAAUUUCAAGCACAAAAAAUUGCUGAAGCUUUGGAAGUUGGUGAACUUGAUACGGGAUUCGGGUUAAAUCAAGAACUUGGUUUGAAGAGGCCGGGAGAAACUCGUUGGGGCUCUCAUUACAAAACUCUUGUGAAUGUCAUGAACUUGUUUUCUACAAUUGUUAAAUUUCUUGUGAUGAUUGGGGAGAAUGGCUCUAAUUCGAAUGAUAAGGUGAAAGCUCAAGGCAUUUUGUACCCACUAGAAUCAUUUGAUUUUAUUUUCAUGGCACAACUAAUGUCUACUAUACUUGGGUACACUAAUGACUUGUGUCUUGCUCUGCAAAGAAAGGAUCAAGAUAUUGUUGGUGCUAUGAGACUUGUCACUUUGACAAAAGUUGUAUUACAGAAAAUGAGGGAGAAUGGAUGGGAGGCUCUUUUAGAUAAAGUGUAA